AUGAAGGCGCUGGGCGUGAUCCCCGCCCGACUUGGCUCCACGCGGUUAUCUGCCAAGCCCUUGAUAGAGUUCUUUGGCAAGACGAUGAUCGAGCACACGUACGCAGCUACGAGGCAGUCGAAUCUGCUGUCAAAAGUCGUUGUAACGAGCGACAGUCGUCGAGUGUUGGACGUGAUCCAACGGGCUGGAGGCGACACGGUGCUCACUGGCGCUUGUGCGACUGGCACCGACCGCAUCGUACAAGCACUGGAGUUGAUGGACCCAAAGGAGCUGCGCGAGUACGACGUUGUCGUGAAUGUACAAGGCGACGAACCAGGCGUGGACCCGAAACACAUUGAUCAGUGCAUCGACGCCCUCCGUACUGCUGGACGAGACACGGUGAUGAGCACGUUAGUGACGCCAAUUGUGGACGAACGAGACGCCCGCAAUCGGAACGUCGUCAAGUGCGUUGCAGACGGCAACAGUAACGCGCUGUACUUCUCCCGAGCUUUGAUCCCCCACUCAAAGGAUGGCGCGUUUACGCCUGCGACAACGGUCUAUCUCCGCCACGCGGGCAUGUACGCGUUCCGAACGGCGUUUCUACCGGCGUUCCCAUUGUUGCCUCCCUCUCGUCUCGAAGCCACCGAAGAUCUCGAGCAACUCCGUGUCUUGGACGCAGGGUACAGGAUCAAGCUCGUGCACGUCGCGUCCAUUCUGCCAAGUGUCGAUACACGCGCAGAUUUAGACCAGUUGACACGCCACUGGCCGCCACGAGGGCACUAA